CGUUUAGUUUGGAGCGGAGUUGCAAAGACCAGGGACCAGGUCUGCCGUGUCAGAGACGCCGUCCCCUCGAGCUCCUUCUCCCGCAGGAAACAGUCGCGGCUCAGGCGCGGCCGAGAAGAAGUCCGACAACCGGGCUCCAGACCCAUUCACGGAGAGUUCGGGAGACUUGGCUGUGUUUCAGACUCCGGCGACCGGCGGCGGCGAUGCUCCGCUCCGUCUCCAACGCCACAAAGUAGGAGAAGGGAAAUAAGAAAGUGUCAGUUUGUUUUCUUGGACGCGUGCGCUCCGGAGACGAAAGCGUGAUGGUUCCCAGCUGACUGUCGCAACGCGCUGCGGUAGGUGAAACUACCAGAAACGCGAGAGAGUCUUCGCGGCCGACCCGGACCUCUCCGGCUUGUUUGAGGCUGCUGCUUCACCCUCCGCUGCUCAGAAUGCAUCCCCACCUUCUACUCUCGGAUUUUUAAUGAAACCGGAGAAGUCGGAGGCAGCCCGAGUCUGAGCGACGCGUCCACCCGGCGGACGCCACUGUUUCCGCGAUUUGCGCAAGGAAUUUCAUUUAUUUUCUUCUGCUUUUUUAAUUUUUUUAUAUCAACUGGGCAAUGACUAAUCGCACAGACGCGUUUUCACUGAUUGUCCUCUCUUGAUUGCCAUUUAGACUAGUCUGGCCUCUUUUUUGGAGAAAGCGUGCCGGAUUCCUGCGUCUGAAGCCAGGGCGCGCGUCAUUUCUCCACUCGUGCCCAUUGAUUCAUAUUUUGUGUUCUUGUUUUUUUUCUGGAGGGGGAGCAUUUAUCGGAUUUUUGCGCAAGGACUUGGAUCGGGAACGGCGUGCCUGCUUAAUCCCAAAUCGGAGCAGGAUACUUGGAACUUUCUUCUCCCGUGUCAGGGGGGAAAGCGGUCUCCCCCUUGCGCGGAGAAGACGCUUCGGUUCGACUUCGGGAGCGCUGCCACGCGGGGCUACAAACACCUCCGGAGACAUCAGACGGCGCAUCUCGCACGGUGUCGCGGACACUCGCGCGGAUACUCAUCUGUGCAUUGCGCAUCGUCCAAACUUAAGACCCUCCGAAGAGCUGCACCUGCGUCUGGAGGCUACCACCUGCAGAGAGGGUUGUUUAUCCGCCAGACGGCCGCUGGAACAACUGGGAUUUUAACGUCCGGCUGCCGGGAUUUCUACCAUGUCAGGUGUACGGGGCUUCAGACGGACUCUCUUCAUCUGUGUGGCGGCGCUUUCAUGUGCUCUUGCGGGUAAAGUCUCUCCGACCAGCUCGGACGCCCUCCUCAGCUCCUCGGCCCUGACAGCCAGUCCUUCGCCACCCAAUGUCUAUCUUCCCGCCAACUUCAAAAUGUCCAACGCACAACUGGCUUUCUUCUUGCGGGAGGCCCAAACCACGGGACAAACAGUUGGCGGGGGCAGCAAGAGCAGCAGUAGCCCCAGCACCGGACACCCACUGCAUCGCUCUGAGAGUUUUGUGGUUUUUCAGACAAAAGACCUCCCUGCCAUCAACAUAAGCUUUGGGCCUUUUGCCCAGGACCAGGCCCUGUCUAAGGAGUUGCUCCAGCCAGCUAGUCCUCUGGAUAUUCCCGGCCAGCUGACGGUCAACUGGAAAGUGCGGGCUUUCAUUGUCCAGGCGCGGGUCUUCUCCAACAACCCCACGGUCCAGGUGUUUUUCUACAUCGCCGGUCGUGAUUGGGACGACUUCAAGGCUCAGGACAAGCUGCCCUGCGUCCGCCUGCACGCCUUCCGGGACGUCCGCGAAAUCAAAACCUCCUGCCGCAUGAAAGGCAACCUGGCGCAGUGCUUGGCCCAGCUGGAGCUGCCGCCGUCCUGGUUCAACACCAACGUGGCUCCGCUGGGUCGCAGGAAAAGCUCCAGCGACGGGCUCUUGGACGGGUUAACCAGCGAGACCCUCCAGGCCGAGCUCUACUACACGCUCCACGAGCCCAAUCUGGACGGAGAGUGCAGCGAGGGCUCAGGUCACAGGGGUGGUGGUGGUGCUUCCAGGGGAGAACCUCUGUCACAGCACCCCCUGCUGCGCAUCGGGAGCAUCAGCCUCUACCAGGCCAGUCAAGAGCAGCUGCUUGUGGACAAGCAAUUAGAUAAAAACAUGUUCCUGCGACUGCCCGAGAAGCCCCUGAAGCCUGGAGAGACUCUCAAAAUCUCCCUGUACUUGAUGCCUAACUCCACUGUUGAACAGUUCACCCUCAAGGUCAAAGCGAAAAAAGGAGUGAACCUGCUGCAGACCAAGUCGAAGAACGCCCAGUGGAAGGUGGACUGGGAGGUGCAGUCCGGCGCCAAGCAUUCCAUCACCACCAUCGAUGUGAACAAGAACAAAGCAGUGAAGCAGGGGGACGUACCGGGCAACGUGGAGGUGAUGCAGCUGGACUUCGAGAUGGAGAACUUCACCAGCCUCUCGGUGACCAGGAGGAUCAACUGGAACAUCGACUACAAGGGGCAGAACCCGCCGCCCGAUUCAGAGAAGGUUGUGACGGAGCUGACGGUCGUGCAGCGGGAUAUUCAGGCCAUCAUCCCUCUGGCUAUGGACACUGAGAUUAUCAACACGGCCAUUCUGACCGGACGCACCGUGGCCAUUCCUGUCAAAAUGGUCUCCAUAGAGAUGAAUGGGGCGGUCACGGACGUCUCUGCCUUCGUGCAGUGCAAGUCCUCAAAUGAAGACAUCGUUAAGGUCUCCAUGAAUUGCGACUACGUGUUCGUCAACGGGAAGGAGACGCGGGGCUCCAUGAACGCCAGGGUCAUCUUCAGCUACGAGCAUCUGAGCGCCCCGCUGGAGCUGACCGUCUGGGUUCCCAAACUUCCCCUGCAGGUGGAACUUUCCGACAACAACCUGAGCUUCAUCAAAGGCUGGAGGGUUCCCAUCCUGCCCGACCGAAGGAGCGCCAGAGACAGCGACGCGGAUGAGGAUGAUGAUGAGCGGCGGGUGAGUCGAGGCUGCACCCUGCAGUACCAGCGGGCGCUGGUGAAGGUGCUGACGCAGUUCCACACCACCUCCACCGAGGGCACGGACCAGGUUAUCACCAUGCUGGGGCCCGACUGGCAGGUGGACGUCACGGACUUGGUCCAGGACUCCCUGAAGGUGACUGACCCCCGGAUAGCAGAGUUGGUGGACAGGACGAUCCUGGUGGGACUGGAGCUGGGAUCCACCAUGCUUAAGGUGGAGUCGCCGCUGGCAGUGGAUGCAGCCCUGGGAGAGGCGGCGUUCUCUGUCACAGAUGACAAGGUUUCCAUCACGGAGCUGCGAGUUCACACCAUUUCGGGCCUGACCCUGACGCUGCAGCCCAGCCCUGGCAACAGCCACACCAUGGUGGCCAAGGCAACCGGCCUCCAGACACUCACUGCUCCCAAACAGGAGGCCAGUUUCUCCGUCUGGAUGCUUUUCAGCGACAACACAGCCGCCACUCUGACGUACUUUGAUCCCAAAGACUACAACCUCAAUGCCUCCACGCUGGAUGACAAGGUCGUGUCCGUGUCCCAGGAGCCUCAGCAGCGCUGGCCUGUGGUGGUGGCAGAAGGGGAGGGAUCCGGCGAAAUGGUGCGUUUGGAGAUGACCAUCUGCGAGGCCUGUCAGAAGACCAAGCGCAAGAGCGUCAUCGCGUCCGCUGCCGUUUACGUCAAGGUCCGCUUCGGCCCGGAGGAAGACUCGGAGGAGGAGGCGACCACGGAGGGCGAGGUCGAGCUGGUUCCCGUCACCAGGCGCCCGGUCGUCGACCCGAACGUCAGCGGGCGGAUUUACGAGACGUCUCACGAGCAGCCCGCCAGCGUUCCCAUUGAUUACACCAACUUCCCCACCAUGAGCAACCAAGAGCGGCCGACCGAGAGCGACGAGGAGGAGGAAGACGACUUCGGGCACUCGCCUCGCAACAUGACUGACCUGGAGAUCGGCAUGUACGCUCUGCUGGGUGUCUUCUGCCUGGCCAUCUUGGUCUUUCUCAUCAACUGCAUCGUCUUCGUGCUCAAGUACCGCCACAAGCGCAUCCCGCCCGAGGGUCAGGCCAACAUGGACCAUUCCCACCACUGGGUGUUCCUGGGAAAUGGCCAGCCGCUGAGGGCCCAGUGCGACCUGUCGCCUCAGCAGGUGGAAAGCCCCAGUAACCCCCUGGAGGGCGUACAGACUUGCUGCCACGGGGACCACCACAGCAGUGGCAGUUCCCAGACCAGCGUUCAGAGUCAGGUGCACGGGCGGGGCGACGGCAGCUCCGGCGGCUCCACCAAGGAGACCGGCGAGGACGCCAGCUCACCCACCUCCAAGCGCAAGAGAGUCAAGUUCACCACCUUCACCACCCUCCCCACGGAGGAGCUGCCCUAUAACUCCAUCCCCAUUGCGGAUGAAGAGGACAUUCAGUGGGUUUGCCAGGAUAUGGGCUUUCAAGACCCGGAGGAACUGCACGAUUACAUGCGCAGAAUAAAAGAAAUAGCCUGAGGCGAGGGGGCGCAGCGUGACGCGCCGCUCUCGGCUUUCUAAAAAAGAACGUUCCUUUCUAUUUUUCUCUUUUUCACCUGAGUGAAAGAUAAUUUUUUUCACAGACUAAAAGGCCAACUGUUUUGUUUGUUUUGGUUAGGGUUUGUUUCCGUUUAGUUUGCACAGUGCUGUAAUUUCAUACACACACACACACACGCACACACACACACACGAACUGAAGAGGAUGCAAGGAAGCCAAAGACUCGACUAGAGGAUCUCAGUCACUGGAGACAUCUGUGAAUCUUGGCUAUAGCAAACGCGUUUCACCGGGAAAGCUGAGCCAUGGACCGAGCUGCUCCAGCUCUUUUGUUUUCAGGAUCUGACUCUAGAGAAAGCCCGAUAUGGACGGGGAGAGGCCUGGUGUCUGUUGUGUUUCGGUGGCUCAGCGGGGGCUCUACAGUACUGUACCUACAGCAAACAAAGAGGCCUUUGAUGAACAAAUAACUGUCAAAGACUCUUGAAAGCUACAAUUUAAAAGAGAAAAAAAAAAAAUAAUAAUCAUUUUGUUUUUGCCAAAGUAGGAGAAACGUUCUUUUAACGGCGAAACCUUCUUCAUUGUCGUUCUCUGUGCAGCACACUCAUGAUUUGUACUCAUGUUUAUUCCUUACAUUUUUCUACAUUUCAUAAGUAGUCGAAAAACAGUGCCCUGCUACGGGUCCUCACGAUCCUGAACAAAUUUUAAUGCCUUAUUAAAGACAAGCGGUCACAGUUCACUCCUCGCGUCAGCCGGAGGACGCGCCGUCUCCUCGCCACGGCGACGAUGUAAAAUACUACGGCCGUCCUCGAGCAUGAGGCGCAACCAGAAAAGAGCUUGUGCAUUGUGAGGAUCUCUAACAGUCUUUGCAUGGAAGUGAUCUCGGGGCACAAUCAGCAACUUUUUUCUUUCUUUUUUUUUUUCCUCCUCCAAAUUUGUAAAUGUUUAUAUUGUAAUUAUAUAAUCAUUCAUACACACGACUAAACUAAAUACGUUACCAUGCAUCACACGCAUGCCACGUCAGGCCUGCAUACAUACGCGCGGACAUUCCUCUCUAGUAUGUGUAUAUACCUUAUCGGAGCCGGAGCCUCUUCCGGCGCGAGCGCUCAACAAGCUACUCCUGAAAAUUUUAUAGUCUUGUGGUGGGUAGAAGUUUCCUCCCCCCUCUGCCCCACCGGUCCCUCCCCCCGGUAAUGUCGGCGGAUCUCUAGCAAACCCGUAUCAGACUUGACUGUUGAAACGUGGGGAUUUGCCACAUUUGUAACGGAUCUAAUCUUUUGAUGAUUUAUUUCCCUUCCGCCGAGUUUGGCUGGCCUUCAGCCUCUGGGAAAAAUAAAAAACUCAUGAUGUACUAGUCGGAAACACUGAGCACAAGAUCCUCUAAACUGUGCAGGAAACGUCGUCCAUCUCUGAAGAGGGAUGCUGAAUGAAUUAUUGAUUUCGCUCGCGUUGCUUAGAUAGCGGCCAUCUUCGUGUUGCUGUGUCACUGGUUUGUUUAUUGCCAUGAACUUAAACGCGGAGGUCACAGAUUAGAACAGUAAGUAACUCCUCCUACGGUAAAAGGGCGGUAAAAUGAAUAAAUGUUGCUGCUAUGAAUACGAGCUGUGAGAGAGACGUUGUUGGCUGUUAUUGACAAGCAGGUGUCGUUGAGGAGAAGCGUCUUUACGCGCUCAGUUUGGAAAAAUAUGGAGGGUUUUGAAAGAGAAUAAAGCAUCUCCUUGCGGGAUUUCAACUAAAGAAUACAGCAGCCAGACUCGUAGUCACUGAGAGCAGGAUGACAGCGGAGCUAAUAAUGUUUUUAAUUGAAGUUGCCCUGUUAGCGUAGCAUUUGCUUUUUUAGCGCUAGAGUGGAUAUCUAAGUAGAGACGACUUCAGAAGCCUGGUGUUAUUCCAGCUCUGAUCUCACAUAAAACGAGUUAGUCUCAGGACUAAUGAGACAACCAUAAGAUUAAAAAAAAAAAAAAAACCUUCCCCGCGUUGCUUUCUUUUAAUUUCGGGCUUGGAUUCUUCUUUUACUUUCGCUGUCUGGCUAAUAUCAGUGACUUAACUUCCUCUUUCUGCGGCGGUAAUGAGCGUAUUUGUCACUCAAAGCAGUCGCUCCCCGGUGUUGUUCGUUUCCAUCCCACCUGCCUUUCAUCCCCGGCGCUCUCAGUGAAGACCCAAUCCAGAAUUGCUCUCGUGGCGGCAGCUCUGUUGUGCAACUACAGGCGAAAAAAAAUCUAUUAAUUAAUGAUUUUAUACGGGCUAAUUUUCAUCACGUUGGACAGUUAAAUAGAAGCUAAAGAGAGUAACGGUUGUAAAUAUUAUUGGCGCAAUUUUUUUUCUGAAAUAAACCUUUCAGUAUUGUACAUGUAUAUAGACCCACAUACAUACUGGAAAUCCUGGAUUGGGACUUUAAGGUUUUGGUUACUGCAUGCCCUCUUCUUUAUGUUCCACGUUUUUGUUUCUACUGUUAAAUAAUCUGUUAAUAUUCAGCAGCUAAAGAGCAACUUUUUUUUUUAUGUUUUGACAGUCCAAGCCCGUCCUCCUUCAGCCUCAGCAUCGUCCGUCACGAGUUCGAGAGAAAGGACCUCCAGCGUCGAGAGUUUUUUUUUCCGCUUCUAACGUGUAAUGAUGGUCUCUCAGGAUGAAUGUAGAAUCCCUAACUAAACCUGGCUGUUCUGUGUUUAGUGUUGAUGUGCUCAGACCGAUGCGGUGACGUUAUCAUCGCCGACCGAUUAAGGAUCUAAUAGCAGCUCCGUGCUACUGAUUUUUGUAAAUACGUUGCACAUGGCGUGAUACGACCUCGAUUCAUUUUGAUAAUUUUUACGUUUCCUCCCCCCUCUUUUUUUUCUUUUUUUUUUGUAAUGUUUAUUUAGUAACAUGCACAUAUUGAUCAUUUUGUAUUUUUCUCCAAGCUGCUAAUAGAAACUUCUUCGUACAACAUGUAAAUGAAGAUCUCGAAUUGUACCCCCCCCCCUCCCCAACCCCCACACCCCACCCACCCCAUGGUGACCUGCGCACGGCGUGCCAAGCAACCACCACACUGACUAUAAUAUUGUAAUGUACAGAGCACUGUUAAAUUUCCUGUAUUCUCUCGAAAAACAAACCCUUGUAUUUUCCCGUUAUAUGUAAAGUACUAAAGAAAAUGCAAUACA